AUGGUCUCGAUCCGCCCAGCGACGAUCGAUGACUUACCUGGUAUGCAGGCAUGCAAUCUUUGCUGCCUACCCGAGAACUACCAGAUGAAGUAUUACCUCUACCACGCCCUGUCGUGGCCGCAGUUGCCACAGGUAGCAGUGGAUAGCCAGAACCGAAUCGUUGGCUACGUCCUUGCCAAGAUGGAGGAGGACACGGACGAAGUCCACGGCCACAUCACCUCCCUCGCGGUCAUGCGAAGCUACCGCCGACUUGGGAUUGCCACAGCCCUCAUGAGGGCCUCCAUAGCCACCAUGGAGCAGUGCUUCAAUGCAGAGUUCGUGUCGCUUCAUGUCCGCUAUACCAACAGAGCGGCCUUCUCCCUGUAUUCGGAGACCUUGGGCUUCGAAAUUCAAGACAUAGAGGAGAAGUACUAUGCAGACAAGGAGGAUGCAUACGACAUGAGGAAGACGCCCCCUGACUGCAAGUAG